AUUCAGGUUUUAAGUCCCCUCCUCACUGGGGCACCGGUGACCGCUUUGGGGAGCAGGGGUACAGAUUGCCUGGUGGUCUGCACCUUGCUCCUCUCCUCAGCCCCCCGGGGCUUUCCAGGCUCGCUUCACGACCUGCUUCCCCGUGCGCUGGUUAGAGUCACCUCUGUAAGCAAUUUGGGAAAUGUUGUUUGCACUUCUUCAGCCGUGAAAGUAACUUAAAAUUUCUUCCAGAUGAGCAAUAUUGCAGCUAGCCCAAUGUCAAAUGUUGCCUCUUCAAGCAGCACAAGGGGGGCAGGGAAAUCAACAAGCUUUACUCCUGAACUGCAAAGUAUGAUGUUUUCCUUAGGGGAUGCUCGCAGACCUCUCCAUGAAUCAGCAGUAUUAGUGGAAGAUAUCAUCCACACGCAACUGAUUAAUUUGUUGCAGCAAGCAGCUGAAGUUUCUCAGCUAAGAGGAGCUCGAGUUAUCUCUGCUGAAGAUCUUCUGUUUUUGAUGCGCAAAGAUAAGAAAAAACUUAGAAGGCUGCUCAAAUAUAUGUUCUUCCGAGACUACAAAUCUAAAAUUGUCAAAGGCAUUGAAGAAGAUGAUCUAAUUGAAGACAAAUUCAGCAAUAGCAGUGUCAACAAACGUCAGAAGCUGGCUCAAGACUUUCUGAACUCUAUUGAUCAGACCGGGGAGCUCUUGGCCAUGUUUGAAGAUGAUGAGAUUGAUGAUGUUAAACAAGAGCGGAUGGAGAGAGCAGAAAGACAAACACGAAUGAUGGACUCAGCCCAGUAUGCAGAAUUUUGUGAAAGUCGCCAGUUAAGCUUUUCCAAGAAAGCUUCCAAGUUUCGUGAUUGGUUGGACUGCAGCAGCAUGGAAAUAAAACCAAAUGCAGUUGCCAUGGAGAUUUUGGCAUAUUUAGCAUAUGAGACUGUGGCACAGUUGGUGGACUUGGCUCUUUUGGUCAAACAGGAUAUGGCUCCCAAGGCAGGUGAUCCAUUCAGUCAUGCAAUAUCUGCUACUUUUAUACAAUAUCACAAUCCUGCUGAGCCUCAUCUCUUAGGUCAGAGCACAGGUAUGAAGAGCAGUCUUGACUCUCCCGAAAACACACCACCCCCUACACCCACUCCUCCAGCCUCAACAGCGCCACAGCACCUUGGGAAGUCUCUUACAGGAGCCUUGGGGAAUGGAGGCAUUGGACAAGACUCCACCAAAGUCAAACAAAGAAAAAGAAAAAAGAGCGCUGCAGCCUGUGGUAUAGAGGCUCAAAGCGAUGCCAUCCAGACCUGCCACAUCAGAGAGGCCAUUCGGCGCUACGGCCACAAGAUUGGCCCCCUUUCCCCAUUCACAAGUGUCUAUUGCAGAAAUGGGAUGACUUUUCUAGCCUGCUAAUAUGGAUGUGGCUGCAGCGACACGAAAGGCAGUGUGAUAUUAAGGUGAUUUUCUAUUCCCCUCCAUGGAAGAGAACAAAAUUACAAGCUCUAGUGUGUCUGUGUACCAGUGAGUGGGCUGGUUUGUUGUGACUAUCUACUGGCUGACUCUGUCUCUUUUCCAGCCCCCUCAAUCAUUAUUCUUGUUUACUAGCUGGAAUGUUAAGCUAAUUAAUGGCAGGAUGUUUGGGAUAGUGUGUAGGUGGACAAGAAUGCAGAUCACACAAUUUUGAAAUUUGUAAUGGGCUUACUGCUGUCAGCCCCCAUAUCCAAAGUGCAGUGUCAUUUUUAUUUUUAUUUUGAAGUCUGUAUUUUUUUAAUAGAUGUGUUGUUUUGUAAAGCAAGUUUAAGGCAAAAAAGAUGCCAAAGAUUUGGAUGAUUAAUUAUGUUUUCCCUGUGUUUUCAAAAGUACAACUGCAUUGUUUUGCAUUUAAUUCCUCUCAGAUCAGUUUCUUAGACAAUGCUAAACCAAUAAUACUCUAUCUAGCCAAACAAGGGAUUUUUCAUUGAAAAUGAUAAGGCUUUUCAGAUAAGAAAACUUCAGAUAAAUGACUUCAUGUCUUAGUGUUUCAGGUAAAAGAAAUAUAUUUGAGAGACACAAGGAAUACCUAUAUUGAAAUCUAUAAUUCUUAAUAUUGAAAUCUCUUUUCUCGUCUUCUUUCCCCUGAAGACAGUGGGAGUCUUAUUAUUGAUAUUAAUGAUCACUGAAUCAGGCCUUUUGGCCCUAGGUCACAAGGUACUUAAAACUAAGUAACUAAGCAUAUUGUUUUGUUGACUUCAGUGGGGCUACUCAGAGUCUUAAAGUUAUGGCCCUGCUUAAGUGCUCUGCUAUACCGGAGAAAAACUAGGCCCUUAUUUAUCUUUAAUUCCUCUUGCUCCACUUUUGUUUUGUUUAUUUUGGGGGCUUGUUUUGUUUUGUUUGUUUAAUCUCUGGCUUGCCCUUUACCCCUCUUCUCUGCUCUUCCAGUCUUUGAUAGUCUCACAAGCACAUUCACUUCUUCCCAUGAAAAGUGUACAUAUAUAGAAAUAACUAAAGUCAUUCUUGAGGAGACAAAAAGGCUAGGGACUUCAUUCUGUAUCAGAAGCUACUACUGUGUACCAUUUGUGCCCCUAGGGCAUCCCAUGAGGACAGAAGUCAGUGCUAGUGUGUCCCAAAGCACAGGCAGGGCCUCAAAGACUAAAGUAAACCUUAAAGAAAGACGGAAGACUCAAGAGACCUGGGAAAUCAACUGACUGUAUUACUUCCAUACAGUGUAAGCAGUUUCCUUUGUGCUUAGUAUGUGAGGUUUCAACUUCUACCACUCCUCUGAUACACUCUUAUAAUUUAUAAAUAUUUUCAUUAGACAGUACCUGGACCCACUUGUGAAAAAAAAAAUAAACUAAAAACAUGUGUGUCUUCCUUGUGAUCAAAAAAUUGCAAAGCAUUGUAAAUGUAAUCACAGUGCAUCCAAUAUUACUGCCAUCCAAACUGCCUCCUUUUUUACCUGCUACAUGCCAGUCCUUCUGGAAAUAAUCUGUAUGUAAAGGACUAAAAAUAAUGUGUACAAUACAGUAUAUUAAAAAAGAAAAAAAGUUUUCUGAUGUUCCAUCUGUGCUUGUGGAAAUGUAUGAUUAA